GCUCAGCCUCCAUGUAGUUUAGAGGGCUCCGGGCACGAGGUCGCAAAGGACCUGGCUCGGAGGCCAUGCAGGUGCGGUUGAGGUGUUGAGUUAUGCGGUGCUCUUGGAGAAGAUGGCUGUCGAUUUGCAUCCUUCUGAGCGAGGUGCUCACCUGCAUGGGUUGGGUGGCUCUGAAGAAGGAGGGCAUCGUCAUGCUCCCGGCGCCCCUGGAGAUCAACCCUGCACCCAAAGGCGGAGACACCGCAUUCCCCCGGGUCAUCUUCAGCUUCAAAGCAGUUCCCAAGUGGGAGAUCACGCUGAGCGAGUCUGGAAGCGUGUUCGAAAUUCUGAGACUAGAGGCUGAACCACACUAUGUGGAGGUAGAAGCAGCAACACAAGUGGCGAGCUCUUUGCCGGCGAGGAGUUUCAUGUGAUUUGAGUCGGCGUUUUUUGCUUUUGCCGCCGCCCGUGCUGCCGCCAGCCUCCCGGUUCUGGAUUUUGCCAGCUCGGAUCCUGUGUCGUUUUUGCGUGCCAUGGCCCGUCCCGGCUUGGGGCUUGCAGCGUGCGGGAAGACCAACCUGGACGCCUCUCUAUCCGUCUUGGACUUUUUCCUCUUGGGCCUUGCCUCGUCCACUCGCAGCUUUUCCCACGCCGCUCCGCCGGCGCCUGUUCUGGGCUCCGCCCACUUGGGCUCUUUGCCGCCACUGCGCUCCUCCGCCCGCCUUGGCCCCGCCCUUUCCCCGCUGGGCCGCCUCCGCGUUGGUCUUCCGCUGGCGGCGCCGGAUGCCGCGUGGACCGGAAGUUCGCCUUCGGCUCGGAGCGCCGCUCGGUCGGACUUGGCACCAGCGGCGUGGGACUGGGCGCACUUUGGCGCCUCGCCGUCGUCGAAAGGCGCCGCCUGCUUGGGUCCAUCUCCGGCAGUUUUAGCGGCCGCCCGCCUUGGUCUUGCUCUCCUUGUGCCGGAUGCCUCCAC